GUUCACUCACUCGUGAACAACACAACACUGCUGGAGUGGGAAAUAAAUAAAUAAAUAUAAAUAGUCGCCGAAUAAACUGUUUAUUUCGCAACAGAAACAGGCAAUUAAUGUGCAUGAAAAUGCGGACACCAUAAAAGAUGUAAAUCGUGCGUGAAUUGGAACGCAAAUACCAAAUGUUGUUCCUGCAGAAAUGUGCUCGCUAGUCUAGUGCAUUGAUAUUAAUCCAAAGAAACCCCCAGGGUCAUAUGCAUUUUACCAACACAAAGCCAACAUCAUAUACCUAAUUAAUUACCAUAUACCCUACUAUUGACUAACUGAUCAAACAUCAAAAUGGAUGAAGACAUUAUGAAUGCAGUAGAAUCUCUUUUCGGCAAGGAUGUUAAGAUUGUGGACUGCGAGACGUCGUCCUCGGUGCAACAGGAGGAGGUGCUACUGAUCAAUGGGGUGCCGGUCAAACUGGAUGGCUUACCGGCGGAUGAUGCCAGUGCUAUCAAGAGCGCCCUGCUUGAUGGUCAGAUGCCGGCUGUGGAGCAUUUGAAUCAGUUACUGUUCCGUGCUGGACUCGCGCAACAGCCAAUUGAAGUGGAAACAUCGCUGACUGUCAAAUCAUCGCUGACCACCACCGAGGAGGUGCUGGUCUCACGUAACGGGCAGGUGCUAGACGAACGAACUGUGGAAACCAAAGAGCACUUCAACCAUCAGUCACACCAAACGGAGAUCUGGCAGCCAGUUCGACAGCAAAACGCGUUGGCACGUGCGACGCCAGAGAAUGCGUUGAAAUAUCGAACGAAUUCCAAUUCCACAUUCUCCUCACAGACUACCACAGAUGGAGAGCAAAACAGAGCUCGCGAUCCUUUGGGUCGUCAAUUGAAUCAAACUUUUUCAAAUGCCUCAAUCAUGUCGAGCAGCUCUGCCAUAACCGACUCGGAUCAAGUGAUUGGCUCCACCUCGGCCUCCAAUGUGUCAACGGCCACAACACUGGGCGAGAAGAGCUCGAAUAUCAGCAGCUGUGACUCAGGCCACGACGGCCUCUUCCACAGUGUCUCAAUGAGCAUGCCCUAUUCGAAAAUCAAUGUUCGUGACACCCAAACAGACUCGAUGUACUGUGACAUUCCCAGCUCGUCUGAUGAAGCUGACGUCGCGUCGGUCGCUAUGCUGAGCGCGCACCUACAAAUCACAGAGCCAUGUGAUUUAGUUAACGAUUGCCAAACAACGCCAGCUUAUGCCAAAGACUUGCCAGCCGCUGGUAAUCUGAGCACACUGGUCACCCUCCUGGCUAGCUGCAAAAACGAAGAUAUGGAAUUCGCAUUUAUAUUAUGCGCACGUUUGUUUGCGCCGAUUCAAGAGCUGAUGUCGCUGUUGCUUCAGCAGUGUCACGGCCAAGAGGAUGAUCUACGGCGUCUGCUGAACCACUGGCUACGUUUGUGUCCCAAUGACUUCCGGAACGAGACACUGCUUCAACAGUUGCGCAAACAGAACGCCAAUAAAGCUGUAAACUCUUUUCUCGAUGGCGUGCCUGACGUCCUCGACAAAAUUGAUGCCAGUCAUCGCUCACAACUGCAGUAUUUGCUGGCCAAGCAGGCCUCGGCCAGUUCGUUGGGGAGACAGAGCAGCAUUAAGUCGCUAAAGCGUUUUGCUGCGAAUGUUUAUAAAACAGAUAAUGUGAUGACCAAGUGCAGCAGCGCCUUCGAAUUGGCACACCAACUGUAUGCCAUUGAAUAUGCCUAUCUCUCACAGUUACGGCUGGAGGAGUUUAUCGAGUUGAUAAGCAACGGCGGAUUUAAGGUGUGUAUGUCGCAAACAAAAGCCAGUACACUAGGCUCCCAGGGCACAUCAGCUAAGCAGGCUGAGGUGAGCAUUGAAGCCUACGUGCAGUGGUUCAACCAGCUAUCCUCGUUGACUGCCACGGAGAUACUGAAGCUUGGUAAAAAGUCUCAGCGAGUGCAGAUGAUUGAGUUCUGGAUUGAAACAGCAUUGGAAUGCUUCAAUAUCGGAAAUUUCAACAGCUUGAUGGCUAUUUUGACGGCUCUCAAUACAACAGCUAUAUCACGGCUUAAGAAAACUUGGUCUAAGCUGCAAACAACUAAGUUUGAGGGCUUGGAACAUCAAAUGGAUCCCAGCUCCGAUUAUCAGAACUAUCGCUCGACCAUGAAAGCCGCCAUUUGGCGCUCCGAACGAGAAACGGCUAAUAAAAUAGAACGUGCCAUUAUACCAUUCUUCUCGCUAUUUUUAAAGGAUAUCUACGCCAUUCAUGAGAGUCAUCCAACUAGAUUCGCUGAUGGGUCCCUUAACUUUGAGAAGUGCACACUUCUUGGCACGCAGCUGCGUAACUUUUAUAAGUGCCAACAGCUUGAGUGCCCUUACGAGCAGCUGGCCAACGUUGUGGCCUAUUUGCAGAAGGCUGAAGUUUUUACUGAUGACGGUCUUAAGAAGGCUUCAUACGAAUGCGAGUCACCAGUCGAUGCUGGAGAAAAAGAUCAUUACAAAGAGCUGAAAGCUGCAAAGUAACCGAACAUAUGCGAAAUAUCAUAAGACAGAAUUUUCAUUUUUGGGCGAAUAUUGAAUCAAAUCGAGCAUCGCACAAACUUCCACAAAGUUUGUACACAUUAUUUUUUGUUGAAACUUCCAUGUUGCAUUUGCAAUCGCAAAAACGAUAAUAAUCUAACAUAAAAAAAAACGCAAUCGUAUUGUUAAUUUGUACUUAAGUCUUUAGGCUACAAACAGACACAACACACACACACACAUAUUUAACUGAUUGUAAACAAUUGGUUGUUUGUAUUCAAAUUGAAGCUCCAAUAAAUUGAUAUAU